GACGCUUGCACACCGUACUCACACAAUUCUUAUCGGAUUUCCGAGCUUUUUCUUUUCGUUUUUCCAAUUUUAGAUGGUAAAAAAGAAGAGUAACUAUCAUAUUCUCGUCGCACAAAAUUUCUUAUCAAAUAUCAGUGUUGAUGGAAGCCACAAUGACACAAAUCUUCGAAUUUUCCAAACAAAAGGCCUUCCGAAGAUAUCUCCAACGGAAAAGAAGUUUUCAAACGGCGCAAGCUCCACAACCACCAUCCGCAACAAUGAAUCAGUGAUCUCACUCGGAACAUCCGCUUCACUCGGAGAACGGCUAAGCUCGUCGAAUUUGCCGCAGGAAUACGCGGAGACACCACAGAAAAAAACUUCAAUCUUCCGAAGAAUCGCGAAAAUCAUGAGCUCCGACGACGUGAUCUAUUCAAUGACCGCCACAAACAGUAGAUCUCCGAUUCUUGAAGAAGGCGUCGGGAGAGAAGAUAGUGGGCUGAUUGAAUUUCGCUCAGAAUCACCAUCUUGUUCUUCAAAUCAGUUCAGUUUUCUGAGAAGGCUCAAAAGCACCAUUACCCAUGCAGAUAGAUUUUACAUCUGCACCUCGACGAAUGGCCAGCCUCUGGCAGUUUUCUCGUAUAUCUCGCCGAACAGCGACUACGUGGAUCCGCUGGCGCCGAUUUUCGCCAACACAACCGUCAAUAAGAAGAAAUUCCGAUCGAAAUCGAUUUUUGGAAGCUCGGAUCGCAUGCGGCAUCAGGCUCACUUAUCAACAGAAGAGCUGCGGCCAUUUGUCUUCCGAGACGCUGAAGAUCAAGUAAUUCUGGGGCAGAUUCGCCGAAAGCGGAAUCCUUCGCCGUUUUUCACGCUGUUCGACAAGUCGCCCGCCUCGAUUUCCAGGAAAGAGCGGAGGGAAAGCUUCCGAAACGGCGAAACCUCGGAGGAAAUGUUUGCGGAAACCAUCGAAGUUCCACAAGCCGUAAAUCGAGAUUCAAGCUAUGAACGUGGAACUUCAAUCGAUGAAAAAUGCGAUUUAGACGCCAGCCGAUCAGAUGAACCAUCAUCAGAAGUCAUCGAUGAGUACGAUCCGAUCGCAUUUUCCGAGUUGGGAAUCGGAAAACGGACUGUAAUCCGUCACGAGUGUUGCGUGGCAAGCACACUUCAUUGUGAAUCGGCGGAGAGGGCGAAACAAGUGAUAAAUGAGGAUUUCGAGGCGAAAUACCCAAUGAUUCAUCUGACAUUGAGCAAAAUGAAGAGUUUGAAGCGAGAAAUGGCAGAACUUGGGGUCUCGAAUGGAAUUGAUGUGUAUACGGUGGCAACUGCUUAUGUGUACUUUGAGAAAAUUAUUCUUAAGGGUCUAAUCUCAAAAGUCAAUCGAAAAUGUGUCGCCGGAGCCGCUCUCCUCGUCGCCCUUAAAAUGAAUGAUUACAAGAAGUCUACGAUCAAAUCGUACAUCGAACAGGCCGAAGAUCAGCUCCGCGAGCCGAAAUCCGAUCUUUUGGCUUAUGAGCUUCCAAUUUGCUCGGUGCUCCAGUUCAGGCUUCAGCCAACAAUUGAUGAGAUUCAACCACAUGUAGAUAGAUUGCAAUUUGAGAUGUGAAAUAUUGUUAUUAUGUAAACGCAGAAAAAUGUGCUUUUUUGAAAUCGUGGUGCAAGCGCGCUCCACGGAUAAUAGUUGGGUCUCCUUAAAGGUGGACUACGCUCAGUGGAGAAAUUGCUUUAAAACACGCCUAUGGGGCCACAAUGACCGAAUAUCAUGAUAUAAAAAUUCAAAAAAAUUUUCUAGAUUUUAUAUAAUUUUUUGAAAAUUGGAAAAAUAACAGUUUUCACCUAAUUAUUUUUGAAUUUCCACCAAUCGGAUUCGUUCGAUUGAGCGCGCUUGCAUUAUUUUUAUUAAUUAAUUUUAUUUAUUCUCGUUAUUUGACUGAUUUUCUUCAUUUUCUAUGUUUUUUCCUCGGAAAAUGAAAGAAAUAAAAAAGACAAACGCAAAAUGUUUGUUAAAAAGUAAUUGAAAAUGAGUAAAACUGUGAAUAUACUAAUUUCAGGCUUGUUGUCGUCGGAACUCAGAAUAUCAGAGUUUUAAUCAUUUUCAAUUCAAAAAUAAUUGGUUGAAAACUGUGAUUUUUUCAAUUUUCAAAAAAUCAUAAAAUCUAGAAAAUUUUUUUGAAUUUUUUUAUCAUGAUAUUCUGUCAUUGUGGCCCCAUGGGCAUGUUUUAAAGCAAUUUCCCCACUGAGCGUAGUCCACCUUUAAGUAUUGGCGAGAAAACCGUAAUUUCAAAAGUUUUCAAUGAUUUUUCGUUGGUUUCGAGGUGAAAAUCAUCGAAAAUUGUUAAAAAUAUUUAGAUUUGGCCGCCAUUUCUAACGAGACCCAACUUUUAGCAGAGGAGCGCGUUUGCAACUUGGUUUUAAAAUACGGAUUUUUCCGCGUUUAAAUAAUAUGCAAUUAGUUUUUAUGUACUCAAUCCAUGACCCUUUUGAGAUUAUUUCUAGUCGACAUUUUUCAAAUUUAAUAAAUUUGGUUUUUUUUCCCU